AUGUUUUUGAACCAUGCCUUAGCUACUGAAUUAACAUUUGAUAUUGUUAGUCUCGGAGCAAAGCUCGAUGGAAAGACUGACAUCUCGCCUGUGCUUCAAAAGGCAUGGGAUAAUGUCUGUGGCUCGUCGGCACCAGCAACUAUUUAUGUGCCCAAUGACAUAUUCUACGUUCAAAAUGGGAGCUUUAAUGGGCCUUGUAAGAAUAAUGCUAUUACUGUUCGCAUCGAGGGCACUCUUGUGGCUUCUUCAGACAUUCGGGUUCUAGCUAAAGCUCGAUCUUGGAUUGUGUUUAGAGACCUAAAUGGGCUUUCCAUUUCUAGUGGUGUUCUUGAUGGACGAGGAACUGACUUAUGGAAAUGUAAACGCUCAGGGCAGAGUUGUCCCAAUGGAGCCACGAAUCUUGAAAUCGUCCAUGCACAAAACAUAAACAUCAAUGGAUUAUCUUCAAUUAACAGCCAAAUCAUUGUGGUGCUUGGGUGCAAAAAUGUGCAUAUGACAGGAGUAAAUGUCUCGGCUCCCGACGAUAGUCCAAACACUGAUGGUAUCCAUGUGCAACAAUCAUCAGAUGUGACCAUUCUCAGCUCGAGCAUUGGCACCGGUGACGACUGCAUCUCAAUCGGUUCAGGGACCUCCAACUUGUGGAUGGAAAGUAUUACAUGUGGACCUGGACACGGAAUCAGCAUUGGGAGCUUGGGAAAAGAGGCUAAUGAGGCGGGAGUGCGAAACGUGACAGUAAAAUCAUCUAAUUUUACGGAGACUCAGAAUGGAAUGAAAAUUAAGUCGUGGGGAAGAUCAAGCAAUGGGUUCGUUAGAUAUGUUCAUUUUCAACAUAUUAUUAUGGAUAACGUGGAAAACCCUAUCGUAAUUGAUCAAAAUUACUGUCCACAUCACCAUGACUGCCCCGAUCAGAAUUCGGGAGUUAAAAUCAACGAAGUAACAUACGAAGACAUCAAAGGAACAUCAGCCACUGAAGUAGCAAUCAAUUUUGAUUGCAGCCCAACAAAUCUUUGCACUGGCGUGAGCUUGAAAGACAUUAAACUGACUUAUAAUAAUAAAAUCGCUGAAGCUUCAUGCAAAAAAGUCAAAGGAACUGCUUCUGGUGUGGUUGAACCUUCUAGUUGCUUAGCUAAGUAG